AUGAAUAAAAAUGAAAUUUUGCAAUGUUUGGAUUUAUCAGAUUGGUCUGAAGAUAGUUCAACUGGAGGUAUAUCUGAUAGUGACGAAGAUGUCUUAUUCGAGGUACAGAACGAUACCAUAGAAUAUAACAACAAUGAUACUAACAAUUUGCAUUUGGAAUCUAGUGAAUUUAGUGAUGAGCAAAAUAUACAAGAAGAAUUUUCAGAACCAGUAUGGGGAGAUAUUCCUGAUGACUUCAGUUCAAGUAUAAAAUUUAAUCCUGAUAAUGAACCUGUAGGUAUCAACCCUGAUAUAAUUGAUACGUUAACUGAUGGACCGUUAAUCAUCCGAAGCGGAAUCAGGGGUCGAUCAGGAACAAAGGCGUGGGUAUCAAUAUUCGUGUGUUUUUCUACAAGAGCGGUUCAUAUAGAAGCAGUCGAGGACUUAACGAGCAAGGCUUUUAUAGCGGCCUUAAGACGAUUUGUUGCUAGACGAGGCAAACCCGCAGAACUGUGGAGCGAUAACGGAACAAACUUCGUUGGAGCGAACAAGGAGUUGACCAAAUAUACUCAACAUCUUGGCAGUCAGCUAGCAAAUGAAGGGAUCACCUGGCGCUUCAAUCCCCCAUCAGCCCCUCAUUUUGGAGGGCUGUGGGAAGCAGCAGUUAAGAGCGCUAAACACCACUUGGCUAGGACUACUGGAGAGGCAAAGCUAACUCUAAGUGAGCUCAGUACACUGCUAUGUCAAAUUGAAGCCUGCCUCAAUUUCCGACCAUUGACACCUAUGAGCAGCGAUCCUAACGACUUCACCUCACUUACCCCAGCGCACUUCUUACUCGGUGCACCUGUAACGUCGUUCCCAGAACCUGAUUUAAAUGGCGAAGAACCACAUGCAAUGCGACGUUGGAAAUUUGUACAACAUCUUCUUCAAACUUUCUGGAAGCGAUGGCACAUGGAGUACCUACCCCAACUACAGGUCCGUGGAAAGUGGACAUCAGGAAGCUCCAACCUAGCCAUAGACGAUUUAGUAAUUGUCAAAGAAGACAACCUACCGCCCUUUAAGUGGCACUUAGCACGCGUUAUAGAACUACAUCUAGGUUGUGACGGUAACGUAAGGGUUGUGUCCGUACGUAACUCUUCCGGUAAAACAAUGCGCCGUCCAGUCGCAAAACUUUGCAAGCUCCCAAUCGAUGCAGAGGAGGCUGUUGAAAAAUAG